CAAAAAAAAACUGAUGAAGUUUACAUCACGUUUGUUGUUUACAGUUGUAAAUCUAUUAUUGUGUUCGAUCAUGUUAAAUGAAGAAUCAAAAAAAGAAUUAAUUCAAUGAAGUACUUAAAGAAUAUUCAUUGGAUAAUUUAUUCUAUUUUCAUGCAUUACAAUGUUUGUGAAAAAUGACAUUUAACGAAUUCCAGAAAUCUGAAGAAAGUAAUUGAUUUUGCCAAUGCCUAACAACAAUGUGCAAUAAAAAUGCUAUACUUAAGAUCUGAAGGAAGGACUCCAAAAGCUUGACUUCAACUUGAAAUUAAAAAAAAUUACUAAUAUUUUCGAGUGUUUGUUCACUGUUGGUUUUAAAUUUCGACAGCAGAUCGAAUAAGACGAUAGGCAUAUAAUUACUAUCAAACAGAUCACCAAAGGUGAAUUAAUUUAUGCAAACAUACAUUUUGAUAAACCACAUUGAUUCGACUUUAUUUUAAAUUCUGACAACGAAAUUAUCGCUUAAGCAACAAUGCAUAGUAUGUCCGCAAGGGUAGCUGCCUACCACCAUAGAAACAACAUGUCCGAAGAAGCUGCCAACGGUACAUCAACCCCAUCACCAGCACCACCUACCACAGAGAUGGCGGAAAUGGCUCUGGAAGAACCCAAGGUCUCAUUUCAAGAUCAAUUCAAAGCCUUCUCAAAAUUUGGUGACACUAAAUCGGAUGGGAAAUUGAUAACCCUUUCCCAAAGCGACAAAUGGAUGAAGCAGGCCAAAGUCAUAGACAAGAAAAUCACUACAACCGACACUGGAAUUCACUUCAAGAAAUUCAAGGCAAUGAAAAUCUCAUACGGCGACUACAAUAAAUUCUUGGAGGAUUUAGCGAAAACCAAAAAGGUAGAAUUACAAGAAAUCAAAAACAAAAUGGCUUCAUGUGGUGCCCCUGGAGUUAUACAAGUUUCGGCUGGUAAGGCUGCCUCUGCUGUAGAACGCUUGACAGAUACAAGCAAAUACACCGGCUCUCACAAAGAGCGUUUCGAUGCCAGUGGCAAAGGCAAAGGUAUUGCCGGACGUAAAAAUAUUGUCGAUGAUUCCGGCUAUGUAACAGGCUAUCAAAACAAGGACACCUAUCCUGAAGGUCAACAAUAAGUUGUUGUCGUUGGCAGAAAAGUCUAGAAAACCUUCUUCAAAUAGCGAACCAAUAUUUAUAAGUCGAAUAACGUUUAAGUAAACCAAUUUAACAUAAAAUUGCAUUUGCUAUUAUUAUAAGCUAUGUGCGUAGGCAUACAAGUUACAUAACAUUUUCCAGUGUACAGCCAUGAAUGUGGUAAGAUCUUAUAUAGUUUUUUAAGCUUAUGUCCCCACAAUAAUUUAAAUAAAUUGUGAUAACUGAAA